AGGGUUGGUGUUGUUGGGAACUUGGGGAUUAACAAGGAUUGAAGGAAGAAUAGUAGGAGAAAAGGUGGGAGUCAAAUAUGCCUACAUGUCGUUUAAUCAUAAUGUGUGAAAUAGACCCAAAUGCCAAAAUUAAAGCACUUGACCUUCCAGCCCAAAUACAGACUUAGAGCCAGUUAAAAACAUUUCGGUUUAUAUACUGUCAAAAUCCUUAGUAAUGCAUAUCUUUUCUAUAAUUCGAAGCCUCAAGGUUGGAGACAGACUAUUCCUCCUCGGACAUCUUCAUGGUAGAAGGUGGAGCAUAUGUAGAGGUUAAUGUGGAUGCAAAAUGAUUUUGACACUUCUUUGUUCUUGUCCCCCUAAAAAAAAAAAAAAAAGAGAAAAAAGAAAAAGAUAAAUUAUGAAAAGGAAAUUAGCUCAUACUGCAAUGGUGAAAUUGAAAAAUCUUUUGGCAGUUGGCACUUGGGAUCACCGAGCCAACUUUGUCUAUCAUCUUCAACCCAGAUAUGUCAAGUCUCUGGCUCGAUUAUCCCAAGGUGAUGAUUGCCAAGAAAAUGCAAAGGUUUUACUAAUAUAUGGCUUCUAAGUUCUGGAGUCUUCUAACAAACAGCAUCUGGUUUUGGCCUUAAACCAAAAGAUUUAACCAUGUCAAUAGGAACCAAUUGACCGGAUGGUGGGUAUAUUUGGGUUGUUGGGUACUUUGGGUGGCUCUGUUGGUUGACCUCCAUCUCAGUAUAUGACCUCUGGUCUAAUCCACAAGUACUUUUAUGAAAGUGAAUUUUCUGGAUUAUGAUUCAUACCCAUCAAUUUUCUAUGAAAUUUCUGCUAAAAUAUUUGGAUGAUAUUUACUACAAUCUAGAAAUCUGAAUUUUUUAAUUUGAAUGUUUAUUAGUCAAUUCCUGGUUGGAAUUUGAAGUGGCAACUACCAGUCCUUUUAUAUUUAUAUGUUGUUUUGUCUUCUGCUCUUUCACGUGCCACUCCUACAUCUUCAGCUAACUUAUAUUCAAUGACCGUUGAAUGACAAAGCAUUACAAACGGAGAACCAAACUAUUUUACAGUCAUAUAUGUGAAUAAUCGCCAAUAUUCCAAGAACCAUAGUAGAAAAACACAGAAAUGAAAUCAAAUUUUUAAGUGAAACGAGACAAAGACGAAGAAAAAAUUACCGAAAAAUAAAAAUAAUAAAAUUGAAAGAUCGCUGACCUUGGGUUAAUUGCAAAUUGGAAAUAUAAAGAAAGACUAAAAUUAAACAUUUCUUAUAUAUAUAUAUAUGUGUGUGUGUGUGUGUGUGUGUGUGUGUGUGUGUGUAAAAUUAACAAAAAAUAAAAAUAAUAAAAUUGAAAGACCGCUGACCUUGGGUUAAUUGCAAACUGAAAAUAUAAAAGAAAGACUGAAAUUAAAGCUGAAAAUUAUAGUCUAGUACAAGUCAAGUUGCCCCAGAUAAAAUGACAAGCAAAGUAUGAUGGUCCGCAAAGCAUCAGGCUUUGUCUACUAGACUCCAUACGGUGUUUGAAGGGUAGGUUGGAUAAGUAGCUCUUGGGGGGUUAGAGUUAGUUCAUAACUAUGAUGCUUAUUUCUCUUAUUUCUGCCAUUUCACCGGCAGAACUGAGAAAAUCAAGGAGUGACUCAGCAGCCAGAAAGUUGAUGAACAUGAAGCAUAUAGAGGAGACUGUAACUGUUGGUGCAAUGAUAAAAGACUCUGUUCCAUCGCCACCACCACCUCCACCGCCAUUUCCAAGGUUCUCGGUUAGGAAGAGUGUUCCACUAAGCGUCACAAAUCAAGAAAUUGCUAAGUUCUGGAGGAACAAACUCAUUGUGGAAGAAGAUCACCUCCUUGCUGCUAUUAAAGCUGCUGCACGCCUUAGGGCCCGUAAUCUCUCGGAGGAGGAUUACAGAUGCUUUGAAGAGUCAUUGGAUGAUAAGGACAGGGAGAGUAAAGCUGUUAUUAUCACUGACAUAAAAAAUAAUGAGAAGAACAAUGAAGUUCGUGUUGGAAUAAAGGACUGGUGGACAAAAAGCAAUUAUGCAUACUUGAACCAACCGGCCAUGGAUUCCAAAGAUCAUCCCAAAAGACGAACCUCUAAUUAUAUUCCCAAUUGUUUCCCUUACAAACCCAUUCCUCUGUAUCCUACCUCCCUCGGCGUUUUUUAGUUUCGCUGCUUCAGUGUUCAGUCUGUGCGGCAAAUGGGUGGUUUACUAGCUGUUAGUGUUCAUGUUUUGUCUGUGUGGUGAUAAACCAUGUAUUCUUUGGAAUAAUGAGUGUGCUCGUUUGCAUAGAUCAGUUUUCUCUUUUAUGUUUGAUAGAUUCAUAUAUAGGAUUGAAUUGGUUAGACUGAUUUUCUGAAUAAACAAACUUUCCUUUUGUGUA